UUAAACAAAUGGUCUACCGUUACAGCAAUGAUAUGCGCUUAAUGUGCUCUUAGGUAUCUGCUGAUAUUUUAAGAUUUAAUUUUCAAAAUGAGUCAGAUUUAUAAACAUUGAGGUCAGAGGUUACUGUUUUGGGACGGUACAAGCAAAGAAGUUUUGGUGUUUUAAGCAAUCAACGCCUAGCUUAAGACUGGAGGAAUGUAAUAUCUUUUUCAAGGAGAUAGUAUGAUUGGAUAAAUUUUGUAUUGAUAGUGUAGCGUUAAAGAACCAUUUUGUUUAAAAUCAAUAUUAAGAAGACAGGACAAAAUUUAGAUAGUGUUGAAAAGAUUGUACAAAUUAAGAUUCUUUAUACGUGAGAUAAUGAUUAACAAUCAAAGAAGUGAAUAUCUAAAAUUUUAACUUUCACAGUUGUUGAAGAAAUUCGUAAAUGAACGAGACGAGUGUUUUACCAUUUAGCGACUAUUUAUACGGUUCCUAGUAAAUAACGUAUAAAUGAUACAAAUGGAAGGCGCGAGUGCAUAUUAUAAUCAGCCUAUGCAAUAUGCACACGACAACAAUUACAGUUCUGUGACUAGUGCGUAUCAUUCAUCACAGCCAGCAUGUGUGUACGCCAGAAACACCGGUAACGGAGGCUAUGGCGGUCAGCCGAUGUCCGUCGUGGAACAAGGACUUCAUGGAAUUAAUCAAAACGCUCAACAAUUGUCUCAUAACCAUGGAAUACAACAACAGGCCAUGCAACACAUGAACCCAGGGGCAGCACAGUCUCAAAUGGCCAACACGACGCCUGCACACAUGCAAAGUGUACAAAGUGCCCAUCAUCAGAUGGCGGUUUCACAAAUGCAGCUACCAACACCUCCCCCGGCACACCAGCCACAGAACACGGCUCAGAUGUCACCAGACGUUGAUGAAAGUGGGUUACAUAGUCCGCAAAAAAGUCCGAAUUCCAACUUACAGUUCCCUUGGAUGAAAACGACAAAAUCUCAUGCAGCACAAUGGAAGGCGCAGUGGCCAGGGGCCCAGUAUUCAAUGGAAGAUGAGAAUAAACGAACAAGAACAGCAUAUACCCGGGGGCAACUACUUGAGCUUGAAAAGGAGUUUCAUUUUAACAAAUAUAUCUCACGGCCUCGACGGAUAGAACUUGCCGCCAUGUUGAACUUAACAGAAAGACAUAUCAAAAUAUGGUUCCAAAACAGAAGAAUGAAAUGGAAAAAGGACGAAGCAAAAAGACGUCCGCGUCCGCUAUCAAUCGGAAGUGCUGAUUCUCCACCUAGUCCUAUGUCGUCACAUCAAGAUUCUCCACGUUCAGAAAACGAGGCAGACAAUAACAAUACAAUUCAUACAAAACUUGGUGCAAACAAACUUGAAAUCUCACUUUCAGAAAUCGAUUCAAAAAUCACGUCAGACAAAGAUAUAGAACAAAAGAAACAUAGUGGUGAUGUGAAAUCUGCAACAACAUUAUAAAAACUGCAUAACACAAAUGAUUUCCUGUCAAAUAUAAUGCUAGUCUUCAUUGAUACAUGUUGCUUAUCAUAAAUGCUAAUCCCCAAUUUUGUCGACAUAAAACGUUAUUAAAUAUUUUGGUCA